AUGUCAGAACCUCGGCAUAAUCGCAGCUCGAAGCGCAAGGGCCACGAUGGCUCUGAGGAUGCUGCUUCUCGGAAAAAGCAGCACCGACAGCCUGCGGCCAGCCCGGACCGCGUUCCAUUUGAAGAUUACGGCAGUGAAGGCGAUGAAGUCCCGUCCAAGGCAACACGCAGCUCGAAGAAUAACACAUCCGCAACCCGAAAUGAGAAGGAAUACCCGUCAAUCAAUGAGCUGAAAAGCCGCAUUCGUGGUGUUAAGCGUCUUCUCAACAAAGAUCUACCCGCAGAUGCGCGGAUUCUGCAGGAACGUGCGCUGGCAGGCUACGAGCAGGAUCUUGUGGAUGAAACAGCACGCCGAGAGCGUUCCAACCUGAUCAAGAAAUACCACUUUGUUCGCUUCUUGGACCGCAAGACUGCGACCAAGCAAUUGAACCGCCUCCAGCGCCGCGAGAAAGAGAAAGACCUUGACUCGAAGCAAAAAGCUCAUUUGGCACGCCAAAUGCACGCCGCCCGUGUCAACCUCAACUACACCCUCUACUACCCCCUCACCGAAAAAUACAUUUCACUCUAUCCUAAGUCGCAGGGUAAACCUUCCGACGAGGCACUUGAGAAAUCCGAAUCCGAGUCAGAAUCUAAGACACAUAAGAAGGCUGAAGAGUCCAAGCCAGCCAUGUGGUCUGUGAUUGAGAAAUGCAUGGAAGAAAACACCCUUGAUGACCUGCGUGAGGGCAAGCUGAACAUUGGACCUGAUGGACAGCAGAUCUCGACCACUGUUAGCAAGAAGCCAACUCUGCCUGUAAACGAGAAGAAGGCCAAGAAAGAAAACACGCACAAAGAGUCCAAGGAGGUGCCCAGCAGAGAGAAGCAUGCCCAGGACAGCACCCAGGACAGGCCGAACAGGCGAGAGCGCAGGAGAGAGCAGCAAAAGGUGCGCCAAUUGCCUGUCAAGACUGAUGAUGGAGAUGACAGUGAUGGUGGAUUCUUUGAAAUGUAA